AUGACAGGGACACUGCUCAUGUCUGACAGGGUGACUCUGCAAGCAUCUACUCCGCAGAGCUCUGUUCCAACCAGAAAGGGGUCUGUUGAUGCUCUGGUCAAUCUUUUCGAGACAAAAGAAAGGCAGAGCAGAACUCCUGCAGCUCGCAAGGACCAUUCAGUCACCACUCCUUCCCAAGUUCUGCGUCAGCGAUACUCCAGUGCGCUCGAUUCUCGAAAACAGCCUUCGUCUCAGUAUCGCCCUGAACAAGCGGGUUUUCCCCAGCAUCUGCGAGAUCACAAUGCUCAGAUCGUUGAACGAGCUUUGAUCAAGAGGCGUUCGAGUACUCCACGGUCACCUGCUGAGAUAACAAAGCCUUCCGAUACAUGUGGUCCUUCACAAAGACCGCAAAUCAAAGUCAAAGUCUCCGCUCAAACUCUUUCCAUCAUCAUUCCCAAAGGCAUUGGACUUCCCAUCGUGGCGACAAUCCAGCCAAUGGGCUCCUUCGACGCCCAAAUGUUCGGGACCAAAGCUGUGGAAAGCGGCGAGGCGAGCGGGACUGCGGAUCUGGGACAUCCACCCCAACACAUCCGACCUGCGGUUCUUGCUGAAGGAACCAGCGGGCCAGUGGCCCGGGAAAGUGACAAUCAAGAGAUUAUUGCCGGGCUGGGGCUGCCGUUUCUUGCCAGAGUCAGCAAAGGUCGUCUUAACGUCUCAGAGGCUUCCGUGCCAGCACCCCAGGGUUCUGAAGUUUCGGCACAAGGACAGCUUUUCAUUGCACACCACGAGCAUCCGAGCGAAUGGGACUCAGAGGCCGUCGACACUCCUUCCAGGAACGACGACCAGCCCGCUGAGGACAUGCAAGCGCCGAAAGAGCCAGACCCGAAGGUCCCAAGCGUGGUAGCCCCUGGAUCGCCUGCCACCGGAGAAGACGAACAACGACACGAAGCGGGCACUGAUCAAACAGUGUCCCAGCAAAGCCGUUCAGGCAGCGUGGGUUUGGCAAAUGACUCUACGCAACCCGAGCCUCCUGCUGAACGCACAGCGAGCGUAUCUCGCCAGGACGCAGUUCCUGACGAUGUAGCUAUUGUGCCCAAUAUCGAAAUACAUAGGCCAAGCGCGACAGUGAUAGCAAGCCUACUAGAAGCCUCCGCCCUGAACAGUAGGACUGUGCCCGCAAGCUCUCUGCCGGCAACACCACCAGCAACCCCUCUAGCUGGUGUGGUGGACCUGCCGAGUGGGCUCCCCAGCGAUCCGUCGACAGCCACCAACUCUUUGCGCGACGAUGCAACAACGUUCAGGAACGCUUCACCGGCGAAUGCGGCAGCUCCUCCAGUCGCCGAUGCGCAGCCUGGUGCAGACAGCUUGCCGCCGGAAUCUUCUGUCCGCAGACGCCAAAGAGUCGUUCGCAGGGUGCGCAGUCUUCUGGUCAGAAAACCCAUGCUCAAUAUUGUCAUCGGUCGUGAUCUCGCAGGGAUUGUCCGCGCUCGGCUCAAGGAACUCGGAACUGCGGAUGCUUCUGGUACUCCUCCUCCGCCACUAGACGGAGCGAGCGACUUCUUGUCGGCCUAUUCACGACGGCAGGAGCGGAAAAGAGAUACGGAACGCAAACGAGUGGAGGCGAGAAUUGCAGCUGCCAGGACGCAUGCCGAAGCAGAAGAGCUUCAGAAGUGUGCCGCCUGUCAAGGUCUCACCCAUACCAGAUACCACGAAGCGUAUUACCGGCUACAGCUGAAACGAGAUAGACCGGACAUGAGGACAGUGGACAGGCACGCCACCAGCAGGGCAAGAGUGGCCGUUUGCAGGUGCAAAUGCCGCAAAGGGUGGAUGAGCCGGCACAGGACUACUCGAAGAGAUUCUGCAGCACAUGAUGUGCCACUCACAGGAGAACCUUAG